CUGCCCGCGCUGGCCUGCCCUGCUCGCGCUUCCGACCCUGAGGACCUCGGCUCGUCUACGAAGAAACUUUUCCGCAGCGUUCGAAGAUGGAGCCUGCCGGCAUGGAUUAUUUCUGCGAGCAGGUACAGCAGAAGGACGUGGGCCGCAGGAUGCAGGUCGGCCAAGAGCUGCUGGACUACCUGGGCGACCCGGCGAGGUCCCCCGAUCUGGAGCAGGACCAGCAGCGCCUUGACAAAGUGAUCGACGAAUUAACAGCGUGGAUCAACUCCAGUAAUUUUAAGGUAGCACUACUGGGAUUAGAUGUUUUAGGUGCCUUUGUUAACAGGCUCUCAGGACGCUUUAAACCCUAUAUAGGAACUGUUCUCCUGCCUUUGAUAGAUCGUAUGGGAGAUGCCAAAGACCAAGUUCGAGAGCAAGCACAGAAUCUUAUCUUGAAAUUGAUGUGUGAAGCAGCACCACCCAUGUGCAUUUGGGAACGCCUUGCUGUUGGUUUUAAACACAAGAAUUACCGAUCCCGAGAAGGAGUGUGUUUGUGUCUUGUUGCUACCUUAAACAUUUAUGGUGCACAACCAUUAAUCCUCAGCAAAUUGGUACCACAUCUGUGUAUAGCAUUUGGUGACUCCAACAGCCAGGUGAGAGAUGCUGCCAUAUUAGCCAUUGUAGAGGUUUAUAGACAUGUGGGAGAGAAAGUACGAAUAGAUCUUACAAAAAGAGGAAUUCCUCCUGGAAGGUUGCAAACAAUCUUUGCAAAAUUUGAUGAAAUAAGAAACUCUGACAAUAUGAUUUUAAGUAACAUCAGUGACAAAAGCUUUGAUGAUGAAGAGUCAGUGGAUGGAAAUAGGCUAUCAUCAGCUGCUUCAGCCUUCAAGGUUCCAGCACCUAAAAAGCCAGGAAAUCCUUCAAACAGUGCAAGAAAGCCGGGAUCAGCUGGUGGGCCUAAGGUUGGAGGUUCCUCUAAAGAAGGAGGAGCUGGAGCUGUGGAUGAAGAUGAUUUUAUUAGGGCAUUUACAGAUGUUCCUACUGUACAGAUCUAUUCUAGUCGAGAACUUGAAGAAACAUUGAACAAAAUCAGGGAAAUUCUCUCAGAUGACAAACAUGAUUGGGAUCAGCGAACUAAUGCGCUGAAGAAAGUUCGGUCCUUGCUUGUUGCUGGAGCUGCACAGUAUGAUGGGUUUUUCCAGCAUUUACGUCUGUUGGAUGGUGCUUUCAAGCUGUCAGCCAAGGAUCUCAGAUCCCAGGUGGUUAGGGAAGCCUGCAUUACUGUAGCCCACCUUUCAACUGUUCUGGGAAACAAGUUUGACCAUGGCGCUGAAGCAAUUGUGCCUACUCUUUUUAACCUGGUUCCCAACAGCGCCAAAGUGAUGGCAACCUCUGGGUGCGCAGCCAUCAGGUUCAUUAUUCGGCAUACUCACGUGCCACGACUCAUACCUUUAAUAACAAGCAACUGUACUUCAAAAUCAGUUGCAGUUAGAAGACGCUCCUUUGAAUUUUUAGACCUGUUAUUACAAGAGUGGCAAACACAUUCACUGGAAAGGCAUGCAGCUGUCUUGGUUGAAACAAUCAAGAAGGGCAUUCAUGAUGCUGAUGCAGAAGCAAGAGUGGAGGCAAGAAAGGCUUAUCUCGGCCUUAGAAAUCACUUUCCUAGUGAAGCUGAGACUCUGUACAAUUCUCUGGAGCCGCCCUAUCAAAGAAGCCUUCAGACCUACUUGAAGAAUUCUGGCAGUAUAGCAUCUCUUCCUCAGUCGGACAGGUCAUCUUCUAGCUCACAGGAGAGCCUCAAUCGGCCUCUAUCAUCUAAAUGGUCUGCAGCCAACCCAGCAAGUCUUGCAGGCAGAGUGUCAGGCAGCAGCAAGGGCAUCCCAAGCCUGGGUACCCUGCAGAGGUCUCGCAGUGACAUCGAUGUGAACACUGCUGCAGGUGCAAAGGCUCGCCAUGCUGCUGGACAGACAGCUGGAGCUGGGCACCUCUCAGCAGCCGGGCUGCCCCCAGGGUCCUAUGCCUCCCUAGGUCGUAUACGAUCAAAGCUCUCGACCCCUUCUGUUGGUAUUGGAAGUUCUAAAGCAGAUUCCAGAGGACGGAGUAGAACCAAAGUGGUGUCACAAUCUCAGCCUGGCAGUAGAUCUGGGUCUCCUGGAAGAGUUCUGACAACAACCACACUUUCAACUAUGAGCACAGGAGUUCAGAGAGUGUUUGUGAAUCCUGCAGCUGCACAAAAACGGAGCAAAAUCCCACGAAGUCAGGGAUGCAGUAGAGAAGCUAGUCCUUCUAGGUUGUCAGUAGCGCGAGGCAGCCGCAUUCCUCGGCCUAGUGUGAGUCAGGGCUGCAGCAGAGAGGCCAGCCGUGAAAGUAGCAGGGACACGAGCCCUGUCCGCUCUUUCCCACCCCUCGCUUCCAGACAUCACUCCAGAUCUACUGGUGCCCUCUACGCUCCUGAUGCUUAUGGGGCCACAGGUACUGGCUUUGGAAUUAGUCAGUCGAGUAGGUUGUCGUCAUCAGUCAGUGCUAUGCGAGUUCUGAACACAGGUUCUGAUGUGGAAGAGGCAGUAGCAGAUGCUUUGAAGAAGCCUGUGCGAAGAAGAUAUGAAUCAUAUGGGAUGUACUCAGAUGAUGAUGCCAACAGUGAUGCGUCAAGUGCCUGUUCAGAAAGGUCCUAUAGCUCCAGGAAUGGGAGCAUACCGACGUACAUGAGGCAGACAGAAGAUGUGGCUGAAGUCCUGAACCGCUGUGCCAGCACCAACUGGUCAGAGAGGAAAGAAGGCCUUCUAGGCCUUCAGAACUUAUUAAAGAACCAGAGAACUCUAAGUCGUGUCGAGUUGAAAAGAUUGUGUGAGAUCUUCACAAGAAUGUUUGCUGAUCCUCACAGUAAGAGAGUGUUCAGUAUGUUUCUGGAGACACUGGUCGAUUUCAUCCAGGUCCAUAAAGAAGAUCUGCAGGACUGGCUGUUUGUACUGCUGACACAGCUGUUGAAAAAAAUGGGUGCUGAUUUGCUUGGUUCUGUACAAGCAAAAGUUCAGAAGGCACUUGAUGUCACAAGGGAAUCUUUUCCAAAUGACCUCCAGUUCAGUAUUUUAAUGAGAUUUACUGUAGACCAGACCCAAACACCUAGUCUGAAGACAGUCAAGCCAACACUGCAGGACCAGCUUCACUCUUUUUGGAGCUCAAAGGUCAAAGUUGCAAUCCUAAAGUACAUAGAAACUCUUGCACAACAAAUGGAUCCAGGAGAUUUCGUAAAUUCAAGUGAAACUAGGUUAGCAGUGUCUCGAAUUAUCACCUGGACCACAGAACCUAAAAGCUCAGAUGUUAGGAAGGCUGCACAGUCAGUGUUGAUUUCCCUUUUUGAACUCAACACUCCAGAGUUUACAAUGCUAUUGGGUGCUUUACCAAAAACAUUUCAGGAUGGAGCCACAAAGCUUCUCCAUAAUCAUCUCCGGAAUACAGGCAACAGUGGUCAGGGAUCAGUGGGAAGUCCUUUAACAAGACCUACUCCACGCUCCCCAGCAAGCUGGUCAAGUCCUCUCACUUCCCCAACCAAUACAUCACAGAACACUUUGUCACCAAGUGCAUUUGACUAUGACACUGAAAACAUGAAUUCUGAAGAUAUUUAUAGUUCUCUUCGUGGAGUCACUGAAGCCAUUCAGAAUUUCAGUUUUCGUAGUCAGGAAGAUAUGAAUGACCCUGUAAAACGAGAUGCUAAAAGAGAAGAUGGUGAUUUGAUUUGCAGUGCUUCUGGAAUAGUGGACAUACGAGCAGGAAGUGGUGUGAGUGAUACAGGUCGGACAGCUCUGGAUAACAAAACGUCAUUACUCAACAUGAUGCCUCCCCACUCCUCACCAUGCUCACGAGAUUACAACCCAUACAAUUAUUCUGAUGGUAUCAGUCCAUUUAAUAAAUCUGCUUUGAAAGAAGCCAUGUUUGAUGAUGAUGCAGAGCAGUUUCCUGAUGAGCCUCCCAUGGACCAUUCUGAUCUGGUGGCAGAGCUACUGAAAGAGUUAUCAAACCAUAAUGAGAGAGUUGAAGAAAGAAAGGCUGCCCUGUAUGAACUCAUGAAGUUAACUCAGGAAGAGUCUUUUGGUGUUUGGGAUGAGCACUUCAAAACAAUACUCCUUCUGCUGCUUGAAACGCUUGGAGAUAAAGAGCAUGCAAUUAGAGCUUUGGCACUGAAAGUUCUAAGAGAAAUUCUAAGAAACCAGCCAGCAAGGUUUAAGAAUUAUGCAGAGCUCACAGUCAUGAAGACACUAGAAGCACAUAAGGAUCCUCAUAAGGAGGUGGUGAGAUCUGCUGAAGAAGCUGCUUCCAUGCUGGCCACUUCAAUUAGCCCAGAUCAGUGCAUCAAAGUUCUCUGUCCAAUUAUCCAAACUGCAGAUUACCCCAUUAAUCUGGCUGCAAUCAAAAUGCAGACAAAAGUUAUAGAAAGAGUAUCUAAAGAAACCCUUACUCAGCUUUUACCAGAGAUUGUGCCAGGUCUAAUACAGGGUUAUGAUAAUUCAGAGAGCAGCGUUCGUAAAGCAUGUGUUUUCUGCCUUGUUGCCAUUCAUGCAGUAAUUGGUGAUGAACUAAAACCACAUCUCAGUCAACUCACUGGCAGUAAAAUGAAAUUAUUGAACCUUUACAUCAAACGUGCACAAACAGGCUCUGGAGCAGGGGAUACAGCAGCAGAUAUGUCUGGACAAAGCUAAUGAAACUGACAAGAGUUAACCAGGUCUCCUAAAGCAGGGGCCCUCUUCAGUGAAAGGAAAAUCCUUACAUGCAACUUCUGGAACUUUUUUCUUUUUUUGUUUUGGUUUUUUUACUCCCUUUCUUUUGUUAUUUUUCUUUUGUUCGGGGUUUUGUUGUUUUUUUUUCUUUAACCAACAGCUGUCCUCAGCCUGCAUGAGACUGUUGAAAUAGAAUUAUUCCAAAUCUAAGGAAAAACAGUAUUAACAUGAAUUGAUCAAAGCAGAAUAAAAUUUCAAAAUAAUCUUAUCCAUCUGUUAUCCUGUUCAUAAUCCUCUGUCUUCCCAUUAACUUUUGCCAGUGUUACUGUAUUAAAAAAAAGAGAUUUUUUUUAAUGCUAAUUAAAAAGAUAUGCUUUAAGCUUCAGAAGUUAAAAUAUAAAUUCAGUUGCUUUUCUUCAGCUGCAGAUAAUUCUACCUUUUUAUUGCUGUUUUGUUAGAGUAUUAUGUCCUUUGCUAGAAACAAAAAGUGAUGUGAAACAAAGCUGAACUAGUCUGAACUGCAGUGAGACUCGUUCACUGUGUUGGUGGUUCAUCAUCUUAGAGCUUGUUUGGGAUAUUCUGGAGAUUGAGAAAUAAAUAAAAAAGAAUAAGAAUAAAAAGAAAGCUGGAUUGAUCCAGUUCUGUCACAGUGA